AUGAAUUACUUUCUUUUUUUUUUAUUUUGUUCGUGGGUACUUAUAAAAGGAUAUAUUAUAAAUAAAAAUGAAGUAAAGUAUUUCAACUCUGUUUCCAAUAAAAAUGGAAUAAAAGAAAAAUAUAAACACACAUAUAUUCCUUCACAAUACAAAAACAAAUUAUAUAUUUUUAAAGAAGAAGAAGUAGAAGAAAAAUAUAAUACCAUAGAUACAAUCAAUAGCUUGUUAGGUAAAGUAAGAAGACAAUUUAAUAUUAAUUUCGAUUUGGAAAAUGAAAGAACAAAAAUUGAGGAAGAAAAGAAAAAAAAAAAACAAAUGGAAAAGGAUAAUAAAAGUGAACAUGAAAAACAUGAAUUGAAGAAUUUUUUUGGAACCAUGUUAGAUGGGAGUUUUAAAAUAGGAAGAGCAAAUACUAUGUUUAAAGAAUUAAAAGAAGAAAAAAAACUGGUCGAUUUAAAAUAUAAAAGAUUAAUAAGUAAGAAAUUAAAAUUAAGAAGAGAACAACUUAAAAAAAUAGAAGAAGAAAUUAAAAAUGGAACAUAUAAAUCUCCAUAUAAUGACGAACAAAGAGAAUUUUUACAAAAUGUUAUUAAAGAAAUGGAACAAGCUAUUGAACCUAUAAAUAAAGAAAUCGAACAAAUUGAAAAAAAUAGAUUUUUAGUAUUUGAUGAAAAAAAUGAUCUUUUAGUUAAACUAAGAGAACAAAUAGAAAAAAAAAUAGAUGAAGUUAAUAUGAAAUAUCAAGAACAAGCUAUUAAAUUAGGUAUAAAAAAAAUUAUGGAUGAUUAUUAUGAAAAAACAAAAACACCAUUAGUAUGGGAUUUAACACAAAUGGAUUGGCCUAAAGCUAUUUAUCCCUUAUUUAAUAAUAUGAAAUUAAAAGCUGAUAUAUAUUGGGAAUCUACUGUUGUUGGAGGGAACAGAGAAAAAAAUGAAUAUUUCUUUUCACCCUUCAAUUUACCUUCACUUGGAGAAAAAAAAAAAAAAAGAAAAGGAAGAGGUGUAGGAAGUAAAAGAGGUGGAUCAUGUGGAAGAGGUAUGAAAGGACAAAAAAGUAGAAGUGGUGGUUCCAUACCUAUAGGAUUUGAAGGAGGACAAACUCCAUUAUAUAGAAAAUUACCAAAAUUUGUUGCAGCACCUCUUGGACCUGGUCAUCGAUUUAAUAGAUAUGAUUAUGAAUUAAUUUCUUUAAAUUUAAUUAACUUAGCUUAUAGUAGAAGUGGAGGGAAAAAUUUUCUUGAAGUAGAUUGGAAUGUUAUAGAUAAAAUGGGAUUAAGAAUUGGGAAAUAUAAAAGAAAACAUCCAAUUAAAGUUGUUGGAUGUAAUUUGAAAAAAUUUAAAAUGAAAAAUGGUUAUGAUUUCGAAUUCUUUGCAAAAAAUGUAAUCGUCAAAGCUCAUGCAUUCACUGUUAAUGCAGCUAGAGAAAUUAUAAAACUUGGAGGGAAAUGUUUAUUAUUAAAAAAAAACACACAAGAUAUUGUUUAUCAGGAAUAUAACCCUGAUGAUGAAAAUUUAAAUAGAAUCCCAAGAAGAAUAGUCUUCUCUGGAAAACCCUCAAAAUAUGAAAGGAAGUUGUAUUGGUUAAAAAAGGUGAAACUUGAAAAAGAACAGCAAUUGCAAAAAUGA